GUUGAAACCGUGGAACCUCAAUAUUUUCUCAUUACGCAAUUCGCAUUCCGAUCUAUCUAUUCGUAAACACAACACAGCCCUGAACUCGCUUGCGAAAAGACAACAACUGACAACAAUUGACAACAAAUACCAUGGCGACAACGAAAGAUACACAGUUCCCCUGCAUGUUGAAUAUUGAGGUGCCAUUCCCAACACCUCGACUAGCAUCCAUCGCUCUGAAGGCAUUGCAAGUUGACAAAGAACUGUCUCCGCUAGUACAGCGACACUUUUCUAUUGGUAACUCAAAUAAUAAUACCGCCAACGGAGAUAUAGUAGGAAACAUAUUGCAGAUUGAGUAUAAAGCCACAACGAAUAGGAUGCUUCGUGUAGCUGUCAACUCCUUCAUGGACAGCCUGAACCUAGUUCUUGAAGUUAUGCAAGAACUCGACACAGACGUCAUAGCUACGAAAGACAUCGCGGUAUGAGUAUAGAAAGACAGACAGACAUCCCUUCUCAUUGAGACCGUUCUAGAGUUACGAAGUGGAAUGCCAAAUCUCUAAUAGACAUAUCGAAUUCGAUCUAGCGACAUGGGACGAUGCUUAGUUAUUUUGGACGCAAUUUUUUAUUGGUUUGAUGGGGG